AUGUCCAUCCAACCUAGCUCCGUUAUCACCCAGGUAUCGGCGACGGUUCCUAGUGCAGCACUUCAUCCGUUUGUAUCUUAUGAUGAACAAGAAAAAUCCGAGAAUAUUCAGCUCAAUUUGAGAGGAGUGAUAUUUAAUAUAUCUCGAGAAGAGUUACUACGGCUACCAGAGAGCAUUUUAAUUGGAAUCACAAACGGAGCUCUUUAUGAUCAGAAUACCAUUGGCGGAGCCAGUUUAGCAGAUGCAAAUGCUGCUACUGCGAAUACACUAUCUCCAGAAUGUUUUAAAUACACGUUAGAUGUGUUCAGAUCAGCUGCUAAGGGCUUACCACGUACUUUAUUGUCUAUAGAGGGUUCAGAGGAGCAGGGAUUCGAUGAUGCCAUAUUAGGAGUAGACGAGGAUACAGAAGGUAAAUCGGCAAAUUCAGGAGUAGCAAUGGAUGCCGAUGGGAAUCCGAAAACAGAGACUGUGUCAGAUAUAUCAGAGAUAUUACGGCGCAGACCAGCUAUUAUUGUUCUUCGAGAGGAUCUUGAUUAUUACUGUUUACCAAAUGGACCAAAUGUCGAUGCAGAGGGAAUGAGACAAAUUAAGCAUAGUUGUGGAGAGGCCAUUCUUAAUCAACGAAGAAUAUUUGGCGGUCUACGGAAAGGAGAAUCAGAAAACUCACCCGAACAUCACCUUAUAGCCAUGCUAUGUUCAAGUGGAUUUCAAAUCGAUGAUGACUGGGGGUUCCGGGCAAGAGAACCACAUAAAACGGUAGUCAGUAGUCUGGCAUUGAUCCGGUUGAAGAUGGUUGAUGAACAGCAUCAUGAACAAUCUCCCGAAACACAGCAAGAGCUGUCCACACCACAAAAAUUACUACUGUUUUGGCGCAAGCCAGCAAGAAAAUGCUGGUGGGAUUCUAUUGAGCUGAAUGAUGUUCCUGGAGUAGACGGGCCGGUUCGUGUACAUAUUCGAAGGGUAUGGACUCUUGAGUUGUCGGUUAUUGGAGUGCGAUAG